AGCGCUUAAGAUCAUAGACCAACAGGGCAAGACAAGGAAUAUGAAGCCCCUCGCUUUAUCUGACAACGCGAAACCACCCAACUAUUCCACUUUUUCGGACGUUAGAGAGUCAUCACCGAGGAAAUGUACCCACGCAUCUCCGUCGUUCUGGUCAAGUCUCCUCUUCUCGUACGCUAACCCAGUCAUAAGUACCGGCAACGUGCGUCAACUGGACAUUGAAGAUCUAUGGGAACUCGAGGAUGAAAACCAGUCGGCUGCAGCUUGUAGCGAGUUCGUGCAGCACUACAAACGACACGAUAAGUCUCUUAUCAGGGCAAUGGUGAGCACUUAUGGAUGGACAUUUUUUGUCUGCGAGCUGGUUUCUCUCUUCUCGAUGGCAUGCGAUAUCUUCUCCCCGGUUGUCUUGAACCGUGCGAUUACUGCUUUUGCCGCACCCGAGAUCGACCUUCGCAACCUCAGUAUUUGGCUUGGAGCUUUUUUCCUUUCAAGAUGGGUGAACAUCGUCAUCUCUGCUCGAGCGGGCUUCAACGCUGAGUUAAUUGGACUUCGACUCACAUCGGCUCUUAAGGCGUUACUAUUCCGCAAGGCCAUACGACGCAGCAUCGAGAGCAAGACGGACUCAACAGAAGUGGAUCUCUCAAAUCUCUUCUCCUCUGACGUAGAAGAUCUACAGUAUGCAGCUUUCCAGAUCAGCAGUUUGUGGCUUAUCCCGAUGAAGAUUGUGGCUGUCGUGUAUAUGCUUCACGAUGUCAUCGGUCUUGCUGCUUUUGCGGGACUUGCGGUUAUUGGGACUUCUCUUUUAAUCAGUUUUUGGGUUGCCAAAUUCUCCGGAAACGCCUUUGACGACAUCAUGACGUUCACAGAUCGCCGCAUGAAGACUGUCAAAGAGGUUUUUAAAGCCAUCCAGAUCGUCAAACUUAAUGCAUGGGAAGACGCGUUUGCCACCAGAAUCCACAAAGAUCGAUCCACUGAAUUGUCAGCGGUCAAGCGAUACAUGUAUCUCGGCGCACUCGAGAUUUUUAUCCUUUGGGCUGCGCCAGUCGCUGUUUCGACUGUGUCGUUCACUGUUUACACCGUUAUCAUGGGCAAGCAGCUGACGGCGGCGAAAGUUUUUACAGCUAUUGCCCUUUUCAAUACGCUUCGAGACCCUUUACGAGAACUACCCUCCGUAAUCCAGACGAUAAUCCAAGCCAAGGUCUCCAUGAACAGAUUUUCAGAAUAUCUAUCACUGGAUGAAGUCAAGCCGGAUAACGUCACUCGAGAUGGCUCAACACAACCAAUUAAUGUCGCUAUAGCGAUUGAAGACGGCACGUUCGGAUGGACUGAGGACACGCCUCUAUUGAGUCAGGUUAAUCUCAGAGUGCAGAAGGGUGAUCUGGUGAUCGUUCACGGCCCCGUGGCCAGCGGCAAAUCUUCACUGUGUACUGCUCUGCUUGGAGAAAUGCACAAAAUGGAGGGCUCUGUGUUUGUUCGAGGUCGCGUGGCCUAUUAUUCGCAGGAGACAUGGAUUCAGAAUAUGACUAUCCGUGACAAUAUCCUCUUUGGUCUUCGAUACAAUAAGAAGAAGUAUGCUCAAGUCGUAGCUGCAUGUGGGUUACUAGUUGAUCUAAAGCAGCUCCCGGCGGGUGACUUGACAGAGAUCGGACAGAGAGGAAUCAACCUGUCCGGAGGCCAGAAAGCGCGUGUUUGUCUGGCUCGCGCAUGUUACUCGGAUGCCGACGUCUUGCUGCUUGACUCUCCUCUAGCUGCGGUGGACGCAAUCGUGCAAAGUCAAAUCUUUACUGAGUGCAUUUGCAACCUGUUGGCGGACAAGACGGUGGUGUUGGUGACACACAGUUCGGAUAUCAUUGAGAGCAAGGCUGCGAACGUGAGGGUGUUGGUGGAAAACGGUCAACUCAAGGCCACUCGCCACACUGACGUUCGACGGUCGUACAGACACCCGGAAUCUCUUGACUCUGUGAUGAAUGACAUUAACCAAGAGAGGGGCAAUGCGAAGGUGGACGUUGACGCUGGUCGACUUGUUGACGACGAAGAGCGUGACGAAGGUCGUGUAUCCAAGGAGACCUUCUUGCAUUACUUAGAUGCAUUGGGUGGCAUGAAAAUGUGCGUAUUCCUGCUGACGGUGCAGCUGCUGUGGCAAGCGUGUCAGAUUUCCGGUGAUCUGUGGUUGACUCAUUGGACGGAUCAAAAGACCAGUCCAAAUAAAGCCCAAGACACUGUGUACAAUGUGAAGGUAUAUGCGUGGUUUGGUAGUGGAACGGCCUUUAUGGUGUUGAUUCGCAGCUCUACAGUCGUAAUCGCGGGUCUGCGAGCAUCUCGACAACUGUUCGACAACAUGACUGCGUCGCUGCUGAAGGCCCCACUUCGAUUCUUCGAUGCCAACCCGAUCGGGCGUAUAGUGAACCGCUAUGGUGACGACAUGUCGGCUUUGGAUUUCUCGAUUCCAUUCGCGUUCGGAAGCUUCAUCGCCAUGUCUGUCUUCACAGUGAGUCAGCUAGCAGUCGCUGUGUACACUGUCAACACUUUGGGUGUGUUAGUUAUCCCCUUGGUGUGGAUGUACGUGAAGAUCGCCAACUUUUACCUCGCGCCAUCUCGAGAGAUUUCACGUUUAUGGAAAGUGUCGUCGUCUCCAGUAUUGAGCCACGUGACCCAGUCGGAGGAGGGUAUUGCAGUCAUCCGCGCGUUUGGUAGUGAAGCUGCUGACCGCAUGAUCAGUCAAAAUUUGGUGCUCAACGACGUGGAGAAUAAGUGCUGGGUCGCAGACUUGGUCGUGCAGCAGUGGUUCCAAGUCCGGAUGGAGUUGAUCGGCAUGGGAGUGAUCUUGCUGGUGUUGUCUGGGCUGAUCCUCAUGCGCGAUUUUCUAACACCGGGCAUGGUUGGACUGGCGUUCACGUAUGCUCUCAGUAUUGACAGUGGUCUUGUCACUCUCGUGCAUUGCUGGUCGAGUCUGGAGCUUGAUCUUAUCAGUUCCGAACGGGUUAUGGCCUACACUAUUAUUCCUCCAGAGGGUGGUCAACAUGUCCUAGCAAUCGAACCAAGCCACACCUGGCCCAGCACUGGUGCUAUUUCGUUCCACGGCGUCGUGUUCAGCUACAAGCAAGACAGCAAGCCAGUGCUCAAGGGCGUCUCGUUCACUAUCCGAGAUAACGAGAAGAUCGGCAUCGUAGGACGAACUGGGGCAGGCAAGUCAAGCCUCAUUAUGGCACUCUUCCGUAUUAACGAACUGGUGUCAGGCCGUAUCCUGAUCGACGGCGUUGACAUUGCCACCAUGCCACUGCGCACUCUACGCUCCAGACUGUCUAUCAUCCCACAAGUGCCUGUACUGUUUAAGGGAUCGCUUCGAGGCUACAUGGACCCGUUCGAUGACUUCACGGAUGCCAAUAUCUGGAUCGCACUCGAGAAAGUGGACAUGAAGGCGAAGGUUUCUGCUCUAGAGGGCCAGUUGACGUACGAGCUGAGCGAGAACGGUGAGAACUUUAGCGUUGGCGAGCGUCAACUAUUGUGUAUGGCACGUGCGCUGUUGACUCGUAGUCGUAUCGUGGUGAUGGAUGAGGCGACGGCGUCCAUCGAUCCGGAGACGGAGAAGAAGUUGCAGCGGAUGAUCAAGCAUGAAUUUAAGGACACGACGGUGCUGACGAUCGCGCAUCGACUGGCCACGGUGUUAGACUCGGAUCGUAUUAUGGCGCUGAAUGAUGGUCGAGUGGCGGAGCUCGAUACUCCGCGACAGUUGGUGAAGAAUGGGGCAGGGGUGUUUUAUGAGCUAGCAAAGGAAGGAGGCUUUAUGGAUAGUUUGAUGGAAGCAAGAGAAUGAGGAUACCCUCGUUCCGACUACGUAGAUAUCUUCCACCUAUUAAGGACAUACAUCGUCAAUCCUUUUUUUUUCGGACCUGUAUAAGUCAUAGAGCAGUGACAGCGUC